AUGCCUAUGUGUGUAAGAGAAGAAGUUAAAUUAAAUCAGACUGAAAAUGCUUGGGUUCCAACAGCUGCUAAAAAAGUCACCAAGUCUGAAGUAGUAAAAACAAAAAAUGAAGAGGAACAAAAAAAUAAUGAAGUAUACAAAAGUGUUCGAUCAAUUUUGAAUAAAAUAACUCCUGAUAACAUGUCUUCAUUAAUUGAUCAUUUUAAGGCAUUACCUAUUGAUACCAUUGAACGUCUUGAGAAAACUAUUGAUUUAGUUUUUAAAAAGGCAAUAGAAGAACAAACUUUUGUACCAUUAUAUUCAUCUUUAUGUUCAGCUAUGCAAUCAGUACAUGUUAGGUCUAAAUAUGGUAAAACGACAUCUUUUAAGAAGUUGAUAAUAAGUAAAUGCCAAAGCCUAUUCGAAUUAGACAAGGCUCAAGAAAAGAACUCUUCUAAAAAACUCACUGAAAUUAAUUCUUGCAAAGAUUCGGAAAAGAAGAAAAAACUUCAACUUGAAUUUGAAGAAAAUGAAAAAGAAUUACGCAAACGUUCCGUAGGAAAUUGCAGAUUUAUUGGUGAAUUAUUUAAACAAAAAAUACUUACCCCAAGUAUUAUGAUGUAUUGCAUCAGGAAUUUAGUCACCAAAAAAGUCGAAGAACCCCUCGAGUGUUUAUGCAAUUUAUUAAAGACUGUUGGAAAAGAAUUGGAACAAUCUUACAAUUUAGAUGAAACUUUUAAAAAACUUAAAGCUUUAACAUCCAGAGACAUGAAAUCCGAGAUUCCAACUAGAAUAAAAUUCAUGAUACAGGAUGUCAUUGAUUUGCGUAAUGAUGGAUGGACACCUAGGCGUACUGAUAAUAAACCCAAAAUGGUACAUGAAAUAGAAAAUGACAUCAAAAAUGAAGCAAUUGUACAUCAAUCUAUAUCACCGGCUUGUAAUAGACCUGAAAAACAAAAUCAUCAUCACAAUUUUAGGAGUGGUAAAAAAAAAAGUCGCCGUGAAAAUUGGAUUGAGUGGAAUGCUGUUCAAAAUACGCAACAAAAUACCACUAUUGACCAAUCUAAACUACAAGGUUUUAAGGAAAAAAUAUCUGUUAAAAACGUAUGCCCACCUAAAUGGUCAAUUACCACGGUUAAUAAUAUGAUAUUUACUAUAAGUAACCCACAUGCAGUUCUUAAUGAUGAUAAUAAAUCAUCAAAUUCUCCACAAACUAUAAACACAUCACGGCAGCCAGUUAUAUCAAAAACUGAAGGAAGACAAAGAAUGAUGUCUGGUGUAGCGAGUAUAAUACCUCAAUUUGCUCAACCCAAUCAUUCAAUAAAUUAUUCUAGUGCACAGUUCAAAAAAACUGUUGAAGAACCAGUUCUGACACUGGACUCAAAAAUAGCCAAUAAAAUUAGUAUGAAAUGUAAAAACAUACUUCUUGAAUAUGAUGAAACGCAAAAUUUAGAAGAUAUAAUUUAUUCAUUAUCGGAAGAUGAAACUUCGGUGAUCUGCACAAGGCAUGAAGAGUUUGUGAAAUUAAUGUCACUUAUAACUUUAGACAGUAAUCCAAUUACACUAACAACAGUAGCAGGAAACAUUUUUGCUCAACUUUUAUCUAAACAAAUUCUUUCUGUAGAGGCCAUAACUAAAGGAAUUGAUGCUGUCCUUAAAGAUUGGAAUGAUUAUUUGAUGGAUUACCCUAAAUUUUUCUCCUAUAUUGCUGCCAUUAUUGCUCCAUUAUUAUUGUCACAGAAUGAUUCCUUUGAUUUCAAAAAUUUAAAAGAUUCUUGUACAUCAAUACGACCAGACAAUUCUAGUAAAUUGUUUCUAGAAGUAUUAAAUAAAAUUCUUAUUUCCAAGGAAAAGCAGAACAUUAAAGAACAACUAGGUGGUAUAUUGUGGAUUUACAAUAAGUGGCUGGCGUCUGAAUAUGUUCCGCUUGACAUAUUUAUGCCUGAUAACCAAAUCAAUAAAUAUUUUGAAAAUGAUCGAAUUGGAGCAUUCCUUUUGUCUAUUGCUAUGUAUGAUAAAUUGAAGAUAACUAUACAUAGUUACAAUAUAUUGUGUACUUGGAUAAGUACAAACAUCAAAGCAGAAAUAAUAAAAUACCCUCAAUUUGUCCGAGCAUUAACUAUAGCCAUUGUCAUUGUAUGUUCGGAUUUGAAUCAUGCAUACGAGGAUUUCUUUGAUAAUGUUCAUGUGAAAUUGUUGACCUAUUAUAUUCGGUUUAAAACACUUCCAGAACCUGAAAUCCAGGCAAGAGAAAUACAAUGUCUGUAUGGAAUUCAAAUUAUGUCUGCUGCACUUGAACAUCCUGGAGGAAUGAUAUCCAAACUGUUUCAUAAGCUUUAUCAGAAUAGUAUUAUAAGUAAAGAAUCUUUUGAAUUAUGGAAAAAAGAAGACAAAUUCAAAGCUGGAUUCAAUGAAGACUUAGAAACAAAAACUAUGGCUGUUGAACGUUUAAAUUCAUUCUUCCUUUCAGUUGUUGCAAAUGAUUCUGAUGAAGAUGAAACAGCUGAGUAG